AUGGAGGGCAAAGAAGAGGACGUGAAUGUGGGAGCUAACAAGUUCCCGGAGAGACAGCCGAUCGGUACGGCGGCGCAGACGGACAGCAAAGACUACAAGGAACCUCCUCCGGCGCCGUUUUUCGAACCCGGCGAGCUCAAAUCGUGGUCCUUCUACAGAGCCGGCAUAGCCGAGUUCAUCGCCACUUUCCUUUUCCUCUACAUCACCGUUUUGACAGUCAUGGGCGUCAAGAGAGCUCCCAACAUGUGCGCCUCUGUCGGAAUCCAAGGCAUCGCUUGGGCUUUCGGCGGCAUGAUCUUCGCUCUUGUCUACUGUACCGCCGGAAUCUCAGGAGGACACAUUAAUCCGGCGGUGACGUUUGGAUUGUUCUUGGCGAGGAAGCUAUCUUUAACAAGAGCUCUCUUCUACAUAGUGAUGCAAUGCCUUGGAGCUAUCUGUGGUGCUGGUGUGGUUAAAGGUUUUCAAACAGGACCAUACCAGGCUAAUGGAGGUGGAGCCAACGUGGUGGCUCAUGGCUACACAAAAGGUUCAGGUCUUGGUGCAGAGAUUAUCGGAACUUUUGUUCUUGUCUACACUGUUUUCUCAGCUACUGAUGCUAAGAGAAGUGCCAGAGACUCCCAUGUCCCUAUCUUGGCUCCGCUUCCAAUUGGGUUUGCUGUCUUCUUGGUGCACUUGGCCACUAUUCCAAUCACUGGAACCGGCAUUAACCCGGCCAGGAGUCUUGGAGCUGCCAUCAUCUACAACAAGAGUCAUGCUUGGGACGACCAUUGGAUCUUCUGGCUCGGUCCAUUCAUUGGUGCUGCUCUUGCUGCUCUGUACCAUCAGAUAGUCAUCAGAGCCAUUCCUUUCAAGUCUAAGACAUAA